UCCACAACCACCCUGCAUUAAAAAGGAAGAGGAGGAACUCUGCAUCACUCAGGAGGGAGAGUGUCUUCUAGGACGAGAGGAAGCUGAUUACACCAAGUUUCCACUGAGUAUUCUCUCUGUGAAGACUGAAGAUGAUGAAGAGAAACCACAAGUAGACAACCUCUUAGCUCCACUAUCAGAUAGUGAGGCUGAAGACGAGAUUGAAGUAACUUUGAGCAGCGAUACAGACUGUGAAGGUGAUAUGAGGACUCACACUGACAACAAACACUCUGAAUGCUCUACAAAGAAGAGAGGUAAAACAUGUUUGAGCUGCUCGGUUUGUGCUAAAAGUUUUACUAAAAAGAGCAGUUUGACUCUACACAUGAGAACACACACAGGUAAAAAACCCUUUAAUUGUUCAGUUUGUGGCAACAGCUUUUCUGGAAAUGGCUCAUUGACUCAACACAUGAGAACACACGCAGGUGAAAAAACAUUUAAUUGUUCAGUUUGUGACAAAAGCUUUUUUAAUAAGAGCAUUUUGACUCAACACAUUAGAACACACACAGGUGAAAAACCCUUUAAUUGUUCAGUUUGUGGCAAAAGCUUUUCUCAAAAUAGCAAUUUGACUCAACACAUGAGAACGCACACAGGUGAAAAAACAUUUAAGUGUUCAGUUUGUGGCAAACGCUUUUUUAAUAAGAGCAUUUUGACUCAACACAUGAGAACACACACAGGUGAAAAACCCUUUAAUUGUUCAGUUUGUGGCAACAGCUUUUCUAUUAAGAGCAUUUUGACUCGACACAUGAGAACACACACAGGUGAAAAAACAUUAAAGUGUUCAGUUUGUGGCAAAAGCUUUUAUUUUAAGAGCAUUUUGACUAAACACAUGAGAACACACACAGGUGAAAAACCCUUUAAUUGUUCAGUUUGUGGCAACAGCUUUUCUCAAACUAGCAAGUUGACUCAACACAUGAGAACACACACAGGUGAAAAAACAUUUAAGUGUUCAGUUUGUGGCAAAAGCUUUACUAUUAAGAGCAUUUUAACUCAACACAUGAGAACACACACAGGUGAAAAACCAUUUAGUUGUUCAGUUUGUGGCAAAAGCUUUUCUAUUAAGAGCAAUUUGACUCCACACAUGAGAACACACACAGGUGAAAAACCCUUUAAUUGUUCAGUUUGUGGCAACAGCUUUUCCCAAAAUAGCCAUUUGACUAAACACAUGACAACACACACUGGUGAAAAACCCUUUAAGUGUUCAGUUUGUGGCAAAAGCCUUUCUUUUAAGAGCAGUUUGACUAAACACAUGAGGACACACACAGGUGAAAAACCCUUUAAUUGUUCAGUUUGUGGCAACAGCUUUUCUCAAAAUAGCCAUUUGACUCGACACAUGAGAACACACACAGGAGAAAAAACAUUUACCUGUUCGGUUUGUGGCAAAAGCUUUCCUCAUAACAGCUCUUUGUGGCGACACAUGAGAACACACGCUGGAGAAAAACCAUUUAGUUGUUCAGUGUGCUGUAAAAGGUUCCCACAUAAUGCAGACGCAGUAAAACACAUAAGAACAGCACUCGGGAUCUUCCCGCGACUCCGCAGGAGCAAGAAUAGCACCGCCCUCUCAGGCGGCACGGACCUCUGGCGCGUACGCAAACGAGCGCUCCCUCUCAAUCGCUUGUGGACCAGCGAGGUCCAGCAGCUGAUCGCUAAUCCAGAAGAAGUUUCCCCUCAGUUCGGGGGGAGCUCCACUUUGAAGCAGGAGACUCCACAACCACCCUGCAUUAAAAAGGAAGAGGAGGAACUCUGCAUCACUCAGGAGGGAGAGUGUCUUCUAGGACGAGAGGAAGCUGAUUACACCAAGUUUCCACUGAGUAUUCUCUCUGUGAAGACUGAAGAUGAUGAAGAGAAACCACAAGUAGACAACCUCUUAGCUCCACUAUCAGAUAGUGAGGCUGAAGACGAGGUUGAAGAACCUUUGAGCAGCGAUAAAGACUGUGAAGGUGAUAUGAGGACUCACACUGACAACAAACACUCUGAAUGCUCUACAAAGAAGAGAGGUAAAACAUGUUUGAGCUGCUCAGUUUGUGCUAAAAGUUUUACUAAAAAGAGCAGUUUGACUCUACACAUGAGAACACACACAGGUGAAAAACCCUUUAAUUGUUCAGUUUGUGGCAAUAGCUUUUCUGGAAAUGGCUCAUUGACUCAACACAUGAGAACACACACAGGUGAAAAAACAUUUAAGUGUUCAGUUUGUGGCAACAGCUUUUCUCAAAAUAAAAAGUUGACUCGACACAUGAGAACACACACAGGUGAAAAACCCUUUAAUUGUUCAGUUUGUGACAAAAGCUUUUUUAAUAAGAGCAUUUUGACUCAACACAUUAGAACACACACAGGUGAAAAACCCUUUAAUUGUUCAGUUUGUGGCAAAAGCUUUUCUCAAAAUAGCAAUUUGACUCAACACAUGAGAACACACACAGGUGAAAAAACAUGUAAGUGUUCAGUUUGUGGCAAAAGCUUUUUUAAUAAGAGCAUUUUGACUCAACACAUGAGAACACACACAGGUGAAAACCCCUUUAAUUGUUCAGUUUGUGGCAACAGCUUUUCUAUUAAGAGCAUUUUGACUCGACACAUGAGAACACACACAGGUGAAAAAACAUUAAAGUGCUCAGUUUGUGGCAAAAGCUUUUAUUUUAAGAGCAUUUUGACUAAACACAUGAGAACACACACAGGUGAAAAACCCUUUAAUUGUUCAGUUUGUGGCAACAGCUUUUCUCAAACUAGCAAGUUGACUCAACACAUGAGAACACACACAGGUGAAAAAACAUUUAAGUGUUCAGUUUGUGGCAAAAGCUUUACUAUUAAGAGCAUUUUGACUCAACACAUGAGAACACACACAGGUGAAAAACCAUUUAGUUGUUCAGUUUGUGGCAAAAACUUUUCUAUUAAGAGCAAUUUGACUCCACACAUGAGAACACACACAGGUGAAAAAACAUUUAAGUGUUCAGUUUGUAGCAAAAGCUUUUCUUUUAAGAGCAGUUUGACUAAACACAUGAGAACACACACAGGUGAAAAACCCUUUAAUUGUUCAGUUUGUGGCAACAGCUUUUCCCAAAAUAGCCAUUUGACUCAACACAUGAGAACACACACAGGUGAAAAAACAUUUAAGUGUUCAGUUUGUGGCAAAAGCUUUUCUUUUAAGAGCAGUUUGACUAAACACAUGAGAACACACACAGGUGAAAAACCCUUUAAUUGUUCAGUUUGUGGCAACAGCUUUUCUCAAAAUAGCCAUUUGACUCGACACAUGAGAACACACACAGGAGAAAAAACAUUUACCUGUUCGGUUUGUGGCAAAAGCUUUCCUCAUAACAGCUCUUUGUGGCGACACAUGAGAACACACGCUGGAGAAAAACCAUUUAGUUGUUCAGUGUGCUGUAAAAGGUUCCCACAUAAAGCAGACGCAGUAAAACACAUAAGAACACACAAGGGAAAAUAACCAAUUAGCUGUUUAGUUUGUGGUAUGUUGCUCAUAUGUGGUGACAUCCACCCUACCCAGGACCUCCUCACUGCUUCUUUCACAAAUAUCUGAGGUAUUCAUACAAACUUGGAUUAUUUGGAGCAUAAUCUUAUCCACUCAUGACCCCAUGUCUUCUCUGUAUCUGAAACCUUGCUGAACAGUAAGAUAGAUGAUGCUUCAAGUGCUUGGUUACUCCUUCUUCAGUCCAGGGACCUGGGGCCUCAUUUGUCAAGUUUGUGCACGCUCAAAAACCUGCACUACACCCUUUUUCACUGCAAAGUUGAGAUGUAUCAAAACUGACGUUGACGCAUAAGUGAUGCUGGGUAACUGUUUGCAUAACAAACUGCCAACUUUUACUCCUCAGACUGGUUGAUGUGCAAAUCAGAGACAUAUGAACAAUUAACCCCCAACACCCACAACCCAACCCCCACCUCCCUCGACAUUCGGGCAUAACAGGUUCAAUCUGGCCCGCGAGAUGAGUUUGCGAAGUGUAAAAUUCAGCUGUAUUUUUAAUGAAAGAAACUGCUGUUCUAAAUGUGUCCACUGGAUGUCACAAUAGCAAUUCUGUUAGGCAAGCAAAUAGCAUAGCAAGUAUACCAAGCAAGAGGUAGACGGUAAAGCGGGGCUGUGACUCCUCCCCCUCCACCCAACGUAAAACAGGAGUAAAAUAAGCAAUCAGUAACCCCACUUAAAAUGCAGCAUGAGACACUGCACACUGAUAUAGUUCUGUGAAAAUGAUUGUCUUCUGUGCAAAUGUAAAGAAAGUGAACAGUGUGUGAUUUACUGCAAUACUGUCAGUCUUUUCACUUUUUAUUUGUGCUUUGUUGAAAUUGUUCACACAUUGCACAGCUUUUAUUUUUCUAUCAAUACACAUUAUGUCUAGAAGACAGGAAGUAACUCAACACUCUUGAAAAGUUUCUACCUCAGUUUGUAUGGUUUGUUGAGUUAGCACAGGAUUAAUAUGUGGAAAUGACAAAUGAGGUAGUUGAUAGAUAGAAUAGUUUUUAUUCAUGCUUUAUUUUGUUUUUUUUGUUCAAUCUUAGAUGGGUUGUGACGUAAAGUUUAAUAGAAACACUGAGAUUAAAGUUAGUUAAAGUUCAUUGCGUUCUUUAAGGUGUUUUUGAAAAUGCACCAUUUUUUUCCCUCAGAAUUUUUAACUAACUUGAAGUGUUUUG